UGUGUGGCUUGCCAGUCUCUUUGAGGACGCCGUCGAAUACGCACGUGUGAGCGUUGACAUUCGGUUUCGAACUUGAUUCUGUGUUGUGUCGAGUGCGUGAGGAAUUGUAUUCGCAAUUUUGAAGCCCUCACACCAUGGACGAAUGAACAGACAGAUAGUGUAAUUUUAAUUUUAGUGAACAAAAAGACUGAUAGUGUGUAAUUUUUGUGUUCAAAAUGGAGUUCAAAAUGCAUAUAUUGGCAUCUGCAGUAUUUAUAAUUAUAGCUGUGUCCUGGUGUGAGGGUGCGCGCGACGCGUCGUGUCCAAGAAUCUGCGGCCCAAACCUGCAAGGGGAGCCAGUGUGUGCUACCGAUGGAUACAUCUACCCGUCGCUGUGUGAAAUGAGGAAGAAGACCUGUGGAAAAGGUGUAAGACUAGCUCCAGAUCAGGGUUCCUGCUCGCGAGCCCAGGGCUCCAAGUGCGAGCACCGUUGUACCUCUGAACGUGACCCGGUCUGCGGAACCAAUGGACGGACAUAUCUGAACAGGUGCAUGCUACAAGUUGAGAUUUGCAGAGUGGGCAUCGGCCUGUCUCACUUGGGUGCUUGUAACAAUAUGAGCGCUCAUAGAGAAAACUGUCCAGUAGACUGUUCCCAAGCUCCCUUGGACGGACCCAUCUGUGGUUCUGACGGCAAUGUGUACAAGAGUACGUGCCACAUGAAGCUGAUGACUUGCGGCCAAGGAGUAGUCCGAACGAGUAAAAAGCAUUGUCAGACGACACGCCACUGCCGCGAGUCUUGCUGGAGGGUCGCACGUCCUACAUGCGGCUCUGACGGAAAACUUUAUGCCAACGCUUGCAGAAUGAAGGCUACCAAUUGCGGUAAACACGUAUUCGAAGUGCCUAUGGCUUUCUGCGUGUCGCAAGAGAGGACGUCAGGUGGAGAGUACUGCCCCACAGACUGUUCUGGACAAAAGGAGAAACUGGUGUGCGGAUCUGAUGAGAAUAUAUACAGGAACGAGUGUGAGAUGAAGAUGCUCAAUUGCGGAGUAAGCAACAGGAAGAUAGUGAAGAAGGUGGACAUGGAGAAGUGCCGCGCGAAGAUGAACAAGUGCCUGAAAGUGAAGUGCCCCGCCGAACAGGACCCAGUCUGCGGCACCGAUGCUAAUGUGUACCAGAACUCUUGUCAUUUGAAGGUCGCAACAUGCCUCAAAGGAGUCCAACUUGCCCACUUCGGCAACUGCACGCUAUUGCCUCGUCUCGAGAUCGACUGUCCCAACAACUGUGACAAUGCGAUGGAGCAGCCAGUCUGUGGAUCUGAUGGCAAUGUUUAUAAGUCUGAAUGCGAGCUCCGCCGCUUGACCUGCGGCCAGCACGUAGUGGCGGUGUCGGCGGCGCACUGCCGGACCACCGCGCUCUGCCACGAGGCCUGCCCCGACACGCCCGCCUUCGUCUGCGGCUCCGACAACCGCUUCUACAAGAACGAGUGUCUUAUGAAGAAGGAGAAUUGCGGAAAACACGUGUUUGUAGUCCCGCUCAAGCGCUGCCUGGCCCGCUUCCAGUACUCUGGCUGCGCGCGCGUCUGCCCGCCUGAGUACGACCCGGUCUGCGGCACUGAUGACAAAACCUACUCCAAUAAGUGUUUCCUGGAAAUGGAGAACUGCCGAUCUAGGAGUUUGGUCUCACUGAAGUACCUGGGCACAUGCACGGAACCGAUUGCAGAAGAGCCGAAAAACUACUUAUAUCGAUAAAUUAAUCGAGUCAAUCGUACCGCUUCCAGGAUAUCGUUAUUAUUAGUGCCAGCUGUAUGUGUAUAAAACCAAUUCAUAUCUUCGUCUUCCAUGUAUUGUAACUUUAAGAUUUUAAGGCGUGUUUUUCUAUAUUGGUCAUUUUUAUCGUGUAUUAACUUAGAGAAUAUGUUUUUACAUUUUAUUUAUAUCUAUAUUCGAGUCAGGAAAUAAGUACGCCUUGUUUUAAUAACUUAUAAACUAAAGAUUUUGAUCCAUAUGGAAUUUAUCAAAAUGUCGCCGAUUUUAUAAGGAAAGAUAACAUAUCAAGCGACAUUAUAUAAUGUGGUAAGUCUUAAUCAAAUUAUUGCGUAACCCAACACAAAAAGCCUAUACAAAUACCUAUCUUGAAUUCUGUAUUUAUUGAGUGAUAAAAAUAGAUUUCAUCAACUGCCGGUAUCGUGUGAACAUUAUUUAGAAUCUCAUGAACAGUCUGCAGUUGAUCGUUUCCAAUAUUUAUUUUGAACAGAUUUUUUUUUUAUGAUAAAAUAAUCUGUAACAAAUUAUCACGAUUUGAAAAUUCGUUCGUUCUUCGUUUUACUUUUUACAACUUUACACUUACUAACACAUUAGGUAAAAGUGAUUUUAGCGUAAAAUUAAUUUAGUAUUUUGACUGUUUAUUUAUUGAUUUAUUUAUUUCAAAUUUAGAUUUAGCGAGAUGUAAAUAUUUAGCGAAUUCUUUGUCAGUUUAUUUAUACGUGAUUGAUGCAUUUAUAUUAAAAAAAAAAAGACUUUCUUUUUGUGCCAACGUAUGCGUCACAUUUCAGCGAAGUUUGGGAUGCGACAAAUGUCACAAUGUUUUAACGUGUCAGAAAUGUCAUGUUUUCUUUCAAUUCACUUAGAAAAUUAAAAAUAAAGACACAAUUGCUACAUGCUUUCAUGUUUGUGAGUCAUUUAAACCUGGAUGCAAACCAAACGUGUAUCUAAAACUCUAGUUAUGUAACCGUAAAUAUUCAAUAAAUCAUUACAUUUUAUCGAUAAAUUUUAGGAAAUAAUUAUUCAAGUUAUUCCAAUGAUGGAUUGGAUAUUAUAUUGUUUUAUUGGAUCGUCAGUAAAUUUUAUAAAAUUAAUCUUCUGUGUUUUACAUUUUGUAAUUGUGACGGUUCACAAGAAAAGGUAUCUUAAAGGUAUAGAGCUAUAUAGGACUUAUCGCUUACAAAAUAUUAUGCGCAUAUAUCGUAAUUCUAACUAAUAUUAUAAAUGCGAAAGUAAGUUUGUUUACCUAACUGUUCCCGUGGGAAAUUUACACAAGCGAAGUUGCAGGCAAAAAGCUAGUAAUGAAACGUCUUAAGCGACUUUCCUUAUUAAGGUAACUUUUCUUGUAGAACGUCUAAAAAUUAAAUUAAAUUUUAUUACAAACAUUGAAUAUCAUUUGUAAUAACCGAUUGUUCGGUUAAAAGUGUUUUUGGUUCGUAAUUCAAUUCAAUUGUGUUCAAUCUGAUAUUACCGAAGCGACCGUACGAUGAUGUUUUUUCAAAUUUGUAACAUAAUUUUGUAGUUUGCAUAAUGGUAAAUGUGGUAUGUAACUGUAUUUUGUAACCGGUUACAAAAGAAGACAAUUUUCUCUUUUGUCGAACAUGCCAUUACUUUGAAACUUAUAUCAAGUAUACAGAAAUAAAGGAAUAAAAUCAAAAAAAGGUAAUUAAAUUAAUUAUAUGUUCAGCACCUGCUCACAAAUAAUAAUGAUCAGACUAAAAGCAAACGUGUGUCGCUUCUGUUUGUUUUAUGUGGUUAUAAUCUAUGCUGAUGCUUACUCAAAUACUCUCUUGUACAAGGUAUAUUAACGAACCAAUUAAAUAAUUAAAUACAUA